AUGGCCGGCAAACCUUUCCCAAUGAUCAACUGCAAUGUGUUGAUCAGAAAAACAAGUCUGGACGAAAUAAUCGUCCGGGGCGUGGCCGCAAGGGCCGCAAGUUCCAGCAACCUGGCCACCAAGGCCAACAAGGCCAUCAAGGCCAACAGGGCCAUCAAGGCCAACAGGGCCAACAAGGCCAUCAAUAUCAAGGCCAACUCAACGGUGUCAAUCUGGACUACGUCAACCAAAACGGUAUCAUCCCAGUUGCAACUGUCAUUCGAGUAUUCGAUGGUUCUAACCGCAUCACAGGUCCAACCCGCCCAUACGGCAUCUAUGUGA